GCACACCUUCUCUGUCUUCUUCUCCCUCUUCUCCUCCCACUUCUUCUUCCUCCUCUUCUGGCACCCAUCGAUGGUGUGAUGGCACAACCAUGGCGGGCCCAAGACCAGCGGCAAGACCCCGCUGUGCAGAAGAUCCGGUAUCACCAUGCACAUGAUUUUGAAACUGAGGUAAAGGGGAAUGGCGAUGAUGAUGAUGCUGCAUCUGGAGCGUCGGAUUUCCACUCAGAGAUGCCGUGGCAUAUUGGAGGGCUACCAACAGUAAAUUUAACAAUCAAGGCCGGUUCCAAGGAAUGGCAGGUGCCAGACACACUCUUUGGGGUGUUCUUUGAGGAGAUCAAUCAUGCUGGCACUGGUGGAAUGGAUGCAGAGUUGGUACAGAACAGAGGAUUUGAGGCAGGAGGACAUCGAAUGCCGACGACCAUCGAUCCAUGGUAUCCGGUGGGGCAAUUUGAGGACAUUGCUGUCCAGACAGACUUGUCAUCAUGCUUCAAGGAAAACCCUGUUGCUGUGAAAAUAGACGUCCUCUGCGGCCGCGCUUCUAGUUCAGGCGAGGGCAUCCUGUGCCCCUAUGGUGUGGGGAUUUCCAACCCUGGGUUUUGGGGAAUGAACGUUGUCGAAGGCAACAUAUACAAGGCUGUUUUGUGGGUUCGAGCCUCUGGGAGUUUGGUGAUGACUCUGUCAUUGACAUCUUUUGAUGGCAGCGUGAACUAUGGCUAUACAAACUUCAGCAUCGGCGAAGAAUCUGCAUCAAGCUGGCACAAAUACGAGGUGGAGCUUGAGGCACUGGGCAGCGAUCCUAAUGGACGGCUUGCGGUCACGACACAGCAUAAACGAACAUUUUGGCUGGAUCAAGUCUCAUUGAAGCCUUCAGAAACAUUCAAGGGUCAUGGACUGAGGAAGGAGCUUGCUGAGAUGGUUGCGGCACUGAAACCAGGCUUCAUUCGUUUUCCGGGUGGGUGCUAUGUAGAAGGGAAUCGACUUGCGAACGCUUUUCGGUGGAAGUCCUCCGUGGGACCAUGGGAGGAGCGCCCAGGGCAUUAUAAUGGGGUCUGGGGCUACUGGAGUGAUGAUGGGUUGGGACUCUAUGAAUACCUACAG